AUUUAACAAACUUAUAUUUCAAUUUGUAAAUGCGGAAGUUUUCUAAAAUGUUCUGCCUCAAAAUUUCAGAAUCUGUAUACAAUAAAUCAUCUUUUCAGCGAGACAUAUUUCAAAAUUAUUAUAAAAUGGAACUUAAAAAACUGUAAACAUUAUAGGAAAAUAUUACCCUGAUCACUGAAGUAAAAGGACAGUUGUUAAGUUGGAUAGUUCCGCGCUCUCUUACAGUCGGUUUCCUCAUGACGUAAAAGGAUGAUUUGAGUGAGCGGAAUAUAAGGACUGGAUUAUUCGGGUUAGAAAUUACGAGGAUUAUUGACUCAGUAUAUGUACGUAAAUAUCAUUGUAUUAAAUGAUUAGUCCGUAAAUAGUGAGAACAAGGGGUUUUAAAUUUAAAUUUAAAUUUCCAUUUUUAUGUGUUAUUACAGCUACAAUGAACGUUCUAAGGAUAGUUUACUUAACGUCGUUAUUUCUCAUAAAUAAAAGUCUAUCUUCAAAGUGUACAACAACUAGAACCGGAAAUGACGUGAGUACAGAUUGCCAUGGAAAAGGUUUCCUGCAUGUGCCUAGAAAUGUACCUAACGAUACUACAUUUUUGGACCUGUCUGCCAAUGAGUUGUCCGUUAUAUCUAACUUCGCGUUUUCUAGACUAAAAUAUGUUUCUAGUUUGAAGUUAUCAUCGGCUCAGAUAUCAGUUAUCGAGUCAAAAGCGUUUUCUGGAUUAGUUAAACUGACUUCUUUGGACCUGCGCAAUAACACUCUUGAUAUCCAUUCUUUACCGGAGACUGCUUUUGAUUCAUUACCUUUUUUGAGAAUUUUAGAUUUAUCACAGAAUAACUUCCACCAAUACCCUGAGAAAGUUUUAGAAAACUUGUCAGACUUAGAGAGAUUAUCAAUCAAUGGUUUAAACGGCCAAACUUUUGGAAACGGUUUUCGUUCUCUACGUAAAUUAACAUAUCUGAAGUUUGAACCUUGUUCGAUAACCAGAAUGGACAACGACACAUUCAUUGUUUUUAAGAACAUACAAUUGAAGGAACUGAUUUUUGAAUGCAAGAUUAGGUUCGUGGAACCAGGUGCUCUCAUCCCAUUUAAGUCGAUAGAAAUUCUCGAUAUUUCAAAUAAUUUUAAUGUUCGGGUUUCGUAUAUGCUUCAAUUACUUAACGGUCUUAUAGACAGAAAUGUAACAUCAAUAGACUUUAGCAACAAUUUCAGAACUAUCGCAGCCGCUGACGUAUUAUUGGCGUCACAGUUUGCAAUGAUUGGUGCAGUCUGCUUGAAAGAAAUCGAUUUGACUCGUAACCAAAUAAUAUCGAUACAGUCAGGGGGAAUAAAUCUGAUGAAACAUAAAAAUUGCUUAGAAAAACUCAUUCUCAGAGAGAAUAGUAUAUGGGGUGACAAAAGUAUUGUGAUAGACUUGGUGAAACUGGUAAACCUUCGUUGGUUAGAUAUAUCAAACCAGGCAACGUUACACGUCAAAACGGACGCUAAUAAAAACAAAACCGGUAUGCGUCGUGUAGAUAAAACAGAUACAAACUAUUUCUCUGACAGAGUAACGUUUGCAUUCCAACUACCACGUAAUCUGCAAUAUAUCGAUGCAUCAUAUAUUGGCGUGAGAAGUACUGGUUUAAAUACUUUAAAUUUCACAAAUGCUGGUAAAUUAGAUUUCUUAAAUCUAGCUGGAAAUAAAUUCAAAGAUUGUCUUGGACAUUUCCAUGGACUGUCACAUUUACAAACAUUAGACAUAUCGGAUUUUAACUGUAGUGAACUUGAUCUAAAGAUGAUCAGUUUUAUGCCAUACCUCAAAACACUAAUUAGCAGAAGAACACAUUUAAAUGUCGGAUUACAAAAUGAUGUAAAUGGUGAAUUUCUAAAACAAUUAUUUGGGCUGAAACAAAUUGACUUCUCAGAAAAUGACUUUGUUACGUUUAAUAAACACAUGUUUGUAUCACAAUAUCGUUCCCUCAUUUCACUGGAUUUAUCAAAAAACAAAUUUUCAAAAUUUCCAAUUCAAAUCAGCAAAUUUUCAACUUUAAAGAAAUUAAGUCUCGUUCAAAAUCGAAUUGCUUUUCUGCCGAAAACUGACAUGAAUCAACUGGAAAACUACCAACGUGAUAAACAUAUCAACUUUGAGCUUCUUUUGAAUGACAAUAAUUUCGUUUGCAAUUGUGAUUCGAUCGAUUUUGUGAGAUGGCUCCAGGAAACAAAAGUUACACUAGAUAACAACCGGAAUUACUCGUGUGUGUAUAUUGAUAACAGCAAGAAAACAACAGUUUAUGCAUACACGCAUCUUGAAUCCGUUGAGAGUAAAUGUCUCAGUAAGAUAUGGCUUACCAUUACAAUAAUUCUUGUUGUGGUUUUUCUUCUACUAUUCACAGCUAGUUCCUUAGCCUACAAAUAUAGAAUAACUCUACAUUUUUGGUACCUUCAUAUCCGCCGAAAGUACCGCCAUUAUACAGCACUGGAAGGAGAUUCUAAAGAGUACAAGUAUAAUGCAUUCGUUGCUUAUUGUAAUGAAGAUGAAGAAUGGGUUUGUGGGUCUCUCGUUAAUUAUUUGGAAAAGACAAAUGGUUUGGCAUUAUGUUUACACGAUAGAGAUUUUGCAGCUGGGAAGCUCAUUAUGGAUAAUAUCUUAGACGCCAUUUUUGAAAGCAAAAAAGUGGUCCUUGUUAUCAGUGAAGAAUUCCUAAAAAGUUCAUGGUGCGAGUUCGAACUUGAUAUGGCGAGAAUGAAAAUGUUUCAAGACAACAGAGACAUGUUGGUCGUUGUCCUGUUGAACAAACUUUCUCCUUCACAAAUGCCAAUUUCCUUACAGAGAAUUUGGAACAAAGUGACAUGCCUAGAAGUUGAUGAAACGAUCUGUUCAAAUCAAAAUGGCAAUUUUGAACAUUUAUUCUGGAAAAGAUUAUAUGAAGCAAUCGUGAUGUAAAUGGAAACUUAAAUGUUGAUUAUAAUAUGACGUGCUUCUUUCGCUUUGUGAAUAAACCCAUGCUCUAAAUCCAUUAACAUUUGUUUGCACAUGCGUAUAUUGACUACAGCAGAAUAUCGAAUUUUAUUAAAUCGGCAAACUCUUAAAUGA